GUCCAUCAAGUCAGAGAUUAUAAAAUGUCAACUCGUCAGCGACAAGACAAGGCGACAGCUGAUAAGCAUCUCAACAUUCUCCGUACACUUCUCAAAGAACCAUACAACAGAAAAUGCGCUGAUUGCAACAACAAAGAUCCUAGAUGGGCUAGUUGGAACUUGGGUAUCUUUGUGUGUAUUAGAUGCUCGGGUAUACACAGAUCUAUGGGUACCCACAUCUCUCGAGUGAAGAGCGUUGAUUUGGAUAUGUGGACAACAGAGCAGAUACAAAAUAUGGUUAAGUGGGGAAAUCGCUCAGCCAAUCUAUACUGGCAAGCACAUCUCAAACCAGGACACGUAGUGCCAGAGCAUAAAAUAGAAUCUUUCAUUAGGUCGAAAUACGACGGUAGGAAAUGGGCAAGAAAUGGACCCUUACCAUCCGAUCCAAAGAUGUUAGAGACUGGCUCAGGAGGAACAUCAGCCAGCGUAAACAAUCCAAUUACUCAAAUCCAGAAAGGUGCACCAGCACCUCGUCGGGCUAUUCCGUCUUCCACUUCAGCUCAAUCUUCUUUGAUAGACAUUGCACCACCAGCUGCACCAGUACCAACAAAUAGACAAAAGACAGUACCAAAAGUUCAAAUCAAUACCAAAGCACCAACAAAUAAACCACCAGCUCCUCCAAACACUGUAAAACAAGCACAGCAAAAGCCUCAAACUGAUAAUGGUUUGUUAGACUUAGAUUUAACAGCAACAUCACCAACAAAUUCUGUCAAAAAAGCGAAUAAACAAGAUAUCAUGUCUCUUUUUGCGGCGCCACCACCACCAAACGCUAAACCAAUUCAGCAACCACAACAAAGUAAUUUGAAUGAUGCAUUCGCUGAUUUGACUUUCAGCAGUAAGCCACCACCAACUCAGACCCAAAGUACAGAUGCAUUGAGUGCAUUAUGGGGUCCUAACACAGCUGCAAUGGACUCAACAGGCUCAGGCAGUUCAGUUGACUUUUUCGGGGGUGCUUCAGUCGCACAACCACCAGCCAGAGCUUCCACAGCACCUAUACCACCUGCUCAACAGAGCAAAAAUCUGCUAGAUGACGAUGACUGGGGUCCCACAACGGGCGCCAAUGACGGUGACGCAUUUGAUGAUUGGGGUACGACCAGCUGGGAAGCACCACCUCCGAAGGCAACCGCAACGGAGAAGAAAGCACCGCCACCAGCUGGUAAGAUUGAACUCACAAACUCAUUUUCAGCACCACCAGUGCAACCAACUACUUCAUUAUCAUUUUCUACUACCACAAAUAAUACAUCCUCAUUCAACUCAUUUUUCGAUAACAAUACAAACAAGAUUAAUCUCAAUGAUAGUGGAUACUCUGAUACUUCAAGUAAAUUCUCAAGUGGGUCAGCCUUCGCUGAUAUUCCAACGAGCUUGAAUGAUAUACCAGCACCAUCUAAACUUACUAGUGAUCCAUUCAGUGCCUUCCAAUCUACAUCUGGCGGUAGCUUAGAUCUAAGCAGUCCUGCUACACAAAAAGCUAAGAGUCCUAUGGUGCGUAUAUUUGUGCAAAGUAUGUCUUUUUAACUUGUCUUAGGCUAAUGAUUUCUUCGGAGAUAAUGCUUGGUCAGCACCUGAACCAGCCCCUAAACCUGAAACAAGCAAAACUGAAGAGAAUGAUAUAUGGUCAGCACCUGAGCCAGAACCAGUUCCGGCUCCUGCUCCACCAGUUCCAUCAGUUGAACCUACUUCUUCAUUGUUUGAAACCUUGUCAGAUCCGGUGUCUCCACCAGCAGCUUCUGCUAAGCCAUCGAACGAUCUCUGGGAAUCAUUUGGCUCCCCGCAAGAAACAUCUGCUUCAUCAACCCCUGCGCCAGCAGCAACAGGUAUAGGAUUAGGUGACGAUGUCUGGGGAGCACCAGCACCAGCGCCAACAUCUUUAACCACUGCAAGCUCACCUGCACCUGCUGCUAGCCUGGCUGAUGAUAUCUGGUCCACACCAUCUAACCCUCCAACCGCGAAACCACCAACUCCACCAAAUUCAGCACCACCACCACCAGCCAAUCCAACUUCACUGGACGAUGUUAUGGGCAAUGUCUGGGCUAGCUAAUC